GGAACCUCCAAAAGCAUUUGUUUUCUUCAUAUCCUGCCCUCAGAUCCUUUUCUGUACCUUAAACUCUCAUAAAGUGGACAUGCAGAAACUUCUGGGAGGACAAAUUGGACUGGAGGACUUCAUCUUUGCUCAUGUCAGAGGGGAGACAAAAGAAGUGGAGGUGACAAAGACCGAGGAUGCUUUAGGUCUCACUAUCACAGACAAUGGAGCUGGAUAUGCUUUUAUCAAGAGAAUAAAAGAGGGAAGCACCAUUGACCGACUGAAGGCUGUUUGUGUCGGUGACCACAUUGAAGCCAUUAAUGACCAGAGCAUCGUAGGAUGUCGACACUAUGAAGUCGCCAAG